UGCCAGUUGCCGAAAUGAAAAAACCAAAAAACUUAGCGCGCGCCAUUUUGUUUUGUUAUUGGAGCGAAGAUAUUUUACAGUACCCUGUAUCAGUAUUUUUAUGAAAUAUUAAACACAUCGGGGUUUCACCUCUUAUUUAUGCUAUCACACAUGUCUCAUAAACGCAGUAAGCUGAGAAAACCAACGAUUGAUGAGCAGCUGCUGUCUGCAAUAAGCAAUGUCAAUGCUAUUACAAAUCAAGGUGUUCGAAGUAGAAGUAAAACUAUUAAGAAGAAAAAUGCCAGUAGAGAUAUAGUUCUUCAAAGAAACGAAGAUGGCCAACGGAUUAUUCAUAAGCCGAGGCAAAGCACUCCGAGCAAUAGAAAUACACAAAGAGAUGAGGAAAUGCCUACAACAUCGUCAGAUUUACGUGAUGUUCCACAGGAAAUGUUAUGUGAUGACAAUGUUACUGAAAGAGAUCUUGAAGCCAUUCUUGAAAGCUGUCAGUUGGUUAUUGGAGAAGUGGAUACUGGGCCAUCUGCUUGGCAAAAAAGAAUGGAAAAUCGAGAAGAAAAUUGGGAAAGUAUGAGGGAAAAAAUAUUCAAUGUCACUGUGUCAUCAUUUGCUCCUCCUUUAUCUGCUAUGAAGUGUUCUAGAUGCAAUGAAAAUGAAGCUGUACUGAGAUGCAGACAAUGUGGUGUGUUGAGAUAUAUUUGUCGAGAAUGCGAUGAUGAUGUCCAUGAGAAUAAUCCUCUCCAUGAUCGAGAAGUGUGGUUGGAUGGUUAUUUUCAAUAUAUCAAGCCAACACAAUCCAUUUCAUCUGAUGGAAAGAUUUGCAGCAUUGAUCGAUCAUGUCCCAUCCUUUACCCAUCAUCAUGUCAGUUGUGUAAUGAACCUAUCAUCAAAACUACCAACAGCUCUCUUGUGAUUAUGAUCACUUGUGAAGGACGAUUUGAUCUUAAUUGGUUCACUGUACAUUGCUCAUCUUGUCAAUGGAAGUGGUCACCAAUUUCUGUUGACAGUAUAAUUGAGAGUGGCUGGUGGCCUGGAAGCCCUGAAAAUUUUCAUUACAUAUUUAGUCAAGAUGUCUUUAAUUUGUGGGAUGCAUUUAGAAAGAGGAUGCCUGGGUCAUCACAAUCUGCUUUUGUAAGAAGUUUGGAAGAUAUUUCCAGCUCUAGAGGAAGGGAAAAUGUUAUCAAUUCAGUCACAUUCAGAAAAUCAUUUGCUGAAUGGAGCUAUUGCCAACAUGAAAUUGACCUUCUUCAUGAGCAGACAUGGAAAAAUUGCCCUCCUUGUAGUAUUGAUCAACAUUCAUGUCAUAUUGAUGGAAAUCAAAAGUGUACAGAUUCAGCAAAGGGUCCAGUCCAGUGUUAUUAUCGUGAUGUAUUGAUUGCAAACAAUAGUUUUGUGGACUCUCAUUUAAAAAGUCUUGGUUCAAAGUCAAUUCAGAAUGAAGAUAAUUCUUGUGGCGACACCCAUUGGAAAGCUGCAAAAAUGGUCUCCAAAUCAAAGAAAAACCAAGACGAGACUGGACUUGAAGUUGCUGGAUGCAGGCACUCGAUUGCUCAAGCUACUUUGAACAUGUUCAGAGGAGAAAUUUAUGGCUAUGCUCACUACUUGCAUAUGAAUUUUUUACAACCACAUAAAGUUAAAUAUAUGUGGGAAGAUAUUAUAUGCAAAUAUUGGCCUUGGGCUCUACGUGUUACAUCGGAAGAAAAUCAAAAUGCGCUAAAAAAUAUUGCACCAGCACUGUCUAUAAUGCAUGGGAAAUCACACAGUUGGUCAUGUCAGGUUAUUUGGAGCGGAAGAUGGCAAAGUGGUGCGGCAGCAACUGCUGGCGAAGAAGUUGAGCAAAUAAAUUCGUAUUUGUCAAGACUUGGCUCGACUACUAAAAAUAUGACGGCCUCCGGUGAGUAUUAUUUUCUUAUCUGUAUAUCCACUCAGACCGAAAGGAAACUUUCAUCUGCCAGGGACGAUUUUGUAAAGUUAAGAAGCGAACUUAAUGUCCAGGAUUCUGACUUGGACGACUCGAUAAUGCAGUGGAAAGAAGAAGUUCAACAAUUUGCGAGAGAACAACAAAUUGGAGUUUCUUCGUUGAAAGGUGCCGCCGAAGAGUUCUUCCUUUGCAUCAAACUGUUGAAAAUGCUCAACAUUUGGAGAAUUUUGUAA